AUGCGAUUCAGUUUACUGUACUCAACUGCCCCCCUUCCAAUGUGCAUUCAUUUGAAUGCGAUUCGACAGCCACAUCGAAACCAGCUGGAGAUAAACAUGAUUCAGAACAACCAUUUGGUUGACACGCGGCACACAGUCUUCAAAUUUCAUCAUGUGAUACCCACUUGGUGUAUGCCCUGGAGUGGUAGUCUCAUGCGACUUGAUCGCUUCGCUCCUCAUUUUCUGUGCCAUCUUCUCUUGUUCCUGUUAUCUUAUCUUGGCUUUCACCUUCCCUUUUCGCCCCCACGCCCACUAACACAGGCCUAUGCAUUGACUCUGUCCUAUCCUCCAUCCCCUUUGCAACUACAUCUUCUAGAACCGCCACCACUUCUCUUACGUCUUUCCACGGACUCUCGCUCACGGCCUGCAGCACUGUGCCCCUUUCUUCCUCUGGCAUGGAAGCAAGCCCGUCGGAGAGCGAACGCCUAA